CCGCGCCUUCAUUUCUCGUUUGCCUCGAUUUGCAGAACAUUUGUGCACCACAUUUCGCAUCUUCGUUGCAGCCGACUAUCAUCAUGGCAGCUGCGGAUAUCGAGCAGAUGAACAAGCUCAGGAAGAGCCUGGGUUUGCCAUUACUCAGCCGACGAUGACGACAGCGACCAAGAGCCUGCCUCUACCCUCGAGACUCGAGAAGCCGCUGGGUUCGGGAAUUGGAACAAAGUCCGGGAAGAAGAACAGAAACGCCUUGACCGAGAGAAACGGAAACGAGAGAUCCAGAAGAGAAGAGAUGCCGAGGCCAGAGCUAAAAAGCUCGAGGGUCGAGGUCUUGGAGAAGUCGAUGAUGAUAUCGACGAUACAAAAGCAUGGUUGAAGGGACAGAAGAAGCGUCAAGCAAAGAUCGAGCGGGAAAGGGCAGAGCGUUUGGCCCGGGAACUGGCUGAACGAGAAAGAGAGGCGGCCAUUGAAUACUCUGCAAAGGACCUCGCUGGCGUCCAGGUUGCACACGAGAUUGGCGAUUUUGAUGAAGGCCUAGGCGAACAAAUUCUGACGCUGAAAGACACCGAAAUCGGCAAGGAUGAUGGAAGCGACGAGGAUGAUAUCCUUGAAAAUGCGGAGAUUAAAGCUCGCGACAAGGUCAAUGAAAAGCUCGAGCUGAAGAAAAAGAAGGCAUAUGAUGUCAACGACGAUUCCGAGAAGGGUCUUCUAUCGCAAUAUGACGAUAAGAAACGGAAGGCAUUCACGCUGGAUGCUCAGGGUGCUAUGGAUGAACGCGAGUCUAAACGCCAGCAAAUUGGGGACGUGUUGAAAAAUACCAUCAGCCUUGAUAUUUUAAAACCUGAGCCCGUCUCAGAUUAUAUGGAAGUCAAGAUCAAGAAGCCCAAAAAGAGUAAAAAGACCUCGAAGCGCCAGAAGACGGUAGACGAAGAUGAUAUAUUCCCUGUGCAAGCCAGUAUAACUGGCGACGCCAUGGAAGUCGAUUCUGCGCAACCGGCUUCUCGGGCCCGGAAAGUCGAGGACAAUUUUAAUGAUGACGACGAUCUUGCGAAUGCCCUCGCGAGAAGCAGGGCGGCAGUGCUGAAGAAGCAGAAACGGAAACCUGAAGAUAUCAUAAAACAACUCCAAGAAGAAGAGCAGAACGAAGCCGAAGCAUCAGGGGAAACUGACGGAGGUCUGGUACUUGAUGACACUACUGUAUUUCUGGAUAACCUGUCAUCCCGUCCGAAGGACGAACAGCUCGAGCCGAAACUUGUCAAGUCAAUCGAGAAGGAGGAGUCACCCGAGGAGUCGGCUGGCCAACACGAGGACGAAGACCAACCUAUGGGCGAGGCAUAUGCUGGUGUGGAAAAUGAAGAAGAACUCCUCGAGAGGCUACGACGAGAACAAUCUACCCAUACUCCAGACAUUUCUCACUCCGGUCUUGAUGAAGAGAAGACACUCGACCAGGGUCUUGGAGCCGCUCUCAGUCUUCUACGACAGCGCGGCCUGGUCAAGGAGAGCGAUGCCCAUGACAAGAAUUCUCUGUACAAGGAUCGCCAGAAGUUCAUAAUUGAAGCACGUCUCCGUGAGCAUGAGAAUGAACAGAAAGCGCGUAUGCAGCGUGAGCGCGACCGACAGUCUGGAAAAUUGACUGGAAUGUCCGUCAAAGAACGAGAAGAACAUGCACGUUGGCAGAACACCCAACGAGAACAUCAAAGCUCCAUCCAAGCUGCUGCUGCCUUCAACCGCGAAUACAAGCCAGAUGUGCAGAUCAAAUAUGUGGAUGAUGAUGGUCGGCUGAUGAAUCAGAAAGAAGCGUUCAAGCACCUCAGUCAUCAAUUCCACGGCAAGGGCAGUGGUAAGCUGAAGACAGAGAAGCAUAUGAAGAAGGUAGCGGAGGAGAAGAAACGCGAAGCUGCCAGUAUCUUGGACAGUAGCCAGGCGACGGGUAUGAACAAUGCCCAGGGGGCAAUGGGAAAGAAGAACAAGCAGGCAGGAGUCCGAUUAGGUUGAGCAUGUAUUAAGACCGGGCAAGAGGACGUGGUGACAAGCGGUGGCCCGAUGUGAGACUGGUACAAGUACCUGGUGGUACCACCAGCAUUAUGUAAAUGGCUGUGUAUAAACGUAUGGAGCCCCCUGUACCCAG